CGCUUGUCCUUGGUCCCUGCGGCAUCCUCUACUUUUUUCCUGGGCAGGGCUAUCGGCGGCCAGAAAGUCACCAUGUCUAUUCUCAAGAUCCACGCCAGGGAGAUCUUUGACUCUCGGGGGAACCCCACUGUUGAGGUUGACCUCUACACCUCCAAAGGUCUCUUCAGAGCUGCUGUGCCCAGUGGUGCUUCCACUGGUAUCUACGAGGCCCUCGAGCUCUGGGACAAUGACAAGACACGCUACAUGGGGAAAGGUGUCUCAAAGGCUGUUGAGCACAUCAAUAAAACUAUUGCACCUGCCCUGAUUAGCAAGAAAGUGAACGUUGUGGAGCAGGAAAAGAUUGACAAACUGAUGAUCGAGAUGUACAGGACAGAGAAUAAAUCUAAAUGUGGUGCAAAUGCCAUUCUGGGAGUGUCUCUGGCUGUCUGCAAGGUGGAGGCUGUCGAGAAGGAGGUGCCCCUGUACUGCCACAUUGCUGAUAUGGCUGGCAAUUCUGAAGUUAUCCUGCCAGUUCCGGCUUUCACUGUCAUCAGCGGUGGUUCCCAUGCUGGCAACAAGCUGGCCAUGCAGGAGUUCAUGAUCCUUCCCGUUGGUGCAGCGAACUUCAAGGAGGCCAUGCGCAUCGGAGCAGAGGUUUAUCAUAACCUAAAGAAUGUCGUCAAGGAGAAAUAUGGAAAAGAUGCCACCAAUGUGGGCGAUGAAGGUGGAUUUGCUCCUAAUAUCCUGGAGAACAAAGAAGCUCUGGAACUGCUGAAGAAUACCAUUGAGAAGGCUGGCUACACUGAUAAGGUGGUCAUCGGCAUGGACGUAGCUGAUUCUGAGUUCUUCAGGUCUGGGAAGUAUGACCUGGACUUCAAGUCCCCUGAUGACCCCAGCAGGUACAUCACGCCUGACCAGCUGGCUGACCUCUACAAAUCCUUUAUCAGGGACUACCCAGUGGUGUCUAUCGAAGACCCCUUCGACCAGGAUGACUGGGAAGCUUGGCAGAAGUUCACUGCCAGCGCUGGAAUCCAGGUGGAGGGGGACAAUCUCACCGUGCCCAACCCAAAGUGGAUUUCCAAGGCUGUGGGCGAGAAAUCGUGCAACUGCCUCCUGCUUAAAGUGAACCAGAUUGGCUCUGUGACCGAGUCUCUUCAGGCAUGCAAGCUGGCCCAGUCCAAUGGGUGGGGCUUCAUGGUGUCGCAUCGCUCCAGGGAGACCACAGAUACCUUCAUCACUGACCUGGUGGUGGGACUCUGCACUGGGCAGAUCAAGAUGGGUGCACCAUGCAGAUCUGAGCGCUUGGCCAAGUACAACCAGAUCCUCAGAAUUGAAGAGGAAUUGGGUAGCAAGGCCAAGUUUGCUGGCAGAAGCUUCAGAAACCCCCUUGCCAAGUAA